AUGAUCUACGACCAGUGUCCCCGCGACCUUGACAUCGUGAUCGUCGGCGGACCGUCCAAGAACCAUCACCCUGCUGCAGCCGAUAACUUGGGUGUGCUCGAUAGCAUCGAGGCGACCAUCAACAGGCCCAUUCAUGCAAGUGCCAAGGAAGCCCAUAACAAGGUCAGAUGGGUUGAUAAGCCCUGGGCGACUUCACCCAAGCCCUUCGAGGGUAAAUCAGCCGUGUGGACAGCUGGCGGUGGUGAUGCAUUUGCCAUUCCAGAGGGCAUAGGAUAUGAACCUGGUCCCCAGGAUUACCAGGAUAAUACCCAGCGUUGA